GGAAUCGUGAAUGUCAACAGUUGUGCGUGUCACCAAGUCCCCGCUUCCUUUGCUCUCUUCUUCCACCACCAUCCGUCCAUUCCUAACUUGCCUCCUCCAAAAGACGUGAUCACCAUGUCGGUGCUCAAGGAAAAAUUUUCGUCCGAGCAGGAUGCUGCACCAGCUUCGACCGUUGAUGCUGCAAACGCUACGCGCUUCGCAGACGCCACGGCGGGCGACGAGAUCGCACCUACCGCUCGACCAGGGGGAAUGCAAUCGGGCAUGAGCACACCCACCGGUACCGGAGGUUGGCGCAAUCGACGCAAACACGUCGUGGGGCACGCCAGCAGCGCGGCGAGUGCCGCGCUGAGCAGAAAAGAACGCAAAGAGAGAAAGGCUCAUAGACAGGCUCAGGAGCUCGAGAAAGGCUUGCCGGCUUUUUUGAGAGGAAAGGCAGCAGAUGAGCAGGACUUGGAGGAUCAAAGAGAUGAGAGACAUGGUAGCAAGCGAUUGGUGCGAGCGACGAGGAUCAUGAAUGUCAAAAACGAGUUCAUCGCGGCUCUGAGCGAAUUCAUCGGCACUUUCCUCUUCCUGUUCAUGGCGUACGGCAUCGCCAACUCGGCAUCUCAGCAGUCCAUCGUCUCGAAUACAGCGCAAGGCACAACCACUGCGGGUGGUCUGGAUCCUAGCCAGCUCUUGCUUUCAUCCCUCGGCUUUGGGUUCUCGCUCGCCGUCAAUGCUUGGUUGUUCUUUCGCGUCAGCGGAGGUCUCUUCAAUCCGGCCGUCACUUUUGCUCUUCUCCUGACUGGAACUCUGACCGUCGUGCGCGCCGUCAUCCUCGUCAUCGUACAGCUUGCAGGAGCUAUUGCUGCGGCAGGAAUGGCUCAAGUCCUCAUCCCUGCCGGUAUUUCGGUUCGCACAAGGCUGGGCGCCCAGACGACGAUCGCGCAGGGCUUCUUUAUCGAGUUCUUCAUGACUGGACAACUCAUUCUUGCCGUCUUUCUCAUGGCUGGCGAGAAGCACAAGGGAACAUUCCUGGCCCCCGUCGCCAUCGGGUUGGCCUUGUUCAUUGCCGAACUCUGGGCCACGUCCCUCACCGGAGGCUCCUUGAAUCCUGCUCGCACGCUCGGACCCGACGUCAUCGCCGCAUCUUUCGACGGCAGUUCGUGGAUCUACUAUGCUGCUCCGAUGUCAGCAGCCAUCGUAACUUCGCUAGUCUACAAGACCUUCACCUGGCUCAACUAUCAGACGGUGGUGCCGGAUCAGGACGGAGAUGGGAUGCAUCUGCUCAUGAGGAACGCGCAAGGCCAAGCUACCGGCUACGUCGAUCAGGUGACCGAGGCCGAUGCGCCAGAAUUGGAGAGGAUGAGAGGGAAUCAAGAAUUGUCCAGAACUUCCACCAUCGAUCCGGCCGUCUCGGGCGGGGCGGUUGCAGGCACGGCGGGCACGGCGGGCACGGCGGGCUCCAGCGCUCCAAUCGCGGCCAGCCAUUCGCCUCCUCCUCAACUUCCACCCGUGCCUCUACAAGCUCCCGUCGCCUCUCACAUUGGCGCGCUGGAGAAUGUGGGCGUGUCGCCUGCCAAAGCUGCUUGAUCUCGCUUUGUCUUGCUCUUCGCUUCUCCCUCCACCUUUUCCGCCAUGCUUUUUUCUCGUCUACGCUUUUUCUGCUUCGCUGCACGGCUCGCUGAUUGCCCGCUCCCUGCUUCUCUCUCCCCCGCAAUGUCGUGCCUCCUCUUCGAUGCUCUCGCACCGCAUACCAUCCCAACGCAAUCUAAUCAUCGCCGACGACUGCAAG